AAAUCAUAGAUCUUUUAACAAAUGAUAUUACAAUGGCUUUUCAAGAUUUGGCAGAUCUAUCAGACCCAGUAUUUGGUGCAAAUAAUAAUCAAGAGGAACUUAUUAUGACUGAAGAAAAAAUAAAUAUGGAAUUUGAAAGUAGGUCUAUAGUUUAA